UUAGUUCUAACGUCUUCUAUCCCACCAUUUGAUUUGGCGAUGUGGCACAAAAAUACAUGAAAAUAAUUGUCUUCAGAUGGUGUCGGUUGAAUGGUGAGUUUAUGAAAAUGAAACGAUAAGAUUGGAAAUAAAGAAAUUUAUAAGCUAACUUCUAUUUAUUAUAAUGCGUAUUUUGAAUAUCUUAUUUAUAAUGUGCAGAACAGAGUCGGACGAAUGUUAAAUGAUGCUAUAGCUGAUUACACACCGGCUAGACAUGUGCUUAAUUUCGUGUAGCCUAACAUUAUACCAUAAUCAGUACAAUAAACACGUGAAAAUUAACACGAAUGGAACGAAAAAGAAAGACAGCUGCUUCGAUUUCCAAAGAAUUACUAGAAGUUGAAAAUAAUUCAAAAUAUCCAGAUUGCCUGUUUGUAAAUAAACAGCGAAAAUGUGAAAUGAAAUCUCCACCAAAGAUACAUGCUGUGGGUAAAAGUUCUGUUUUAGAAUCUGUACAGAAAUUUAUUCCUGAAAUUGCAAAAGCUAACGCCAGAUUGUCCCAAGAGAACCUUCCCAACUUGAAUAUGGAAAAUAUUUCUGAAAAUGAUGAUAAAGUUAUUGAAAUGAGUUUAGGAAUGUUUGAGUAUGAAGGCUCAUCGUCAUGUGACUCUGAUGAGGUGGAUGAUGGCAGUGAAGAUGAUCAAUGCUAUGGGGAAGUGAACGAAAGUAAUAUCCGACGUAAUAAAGCUGGCAGCAAAUCAAAACCAGAAAAACCAAUCAUUGAGGAAAUAAGCAGCAGCUGACAGCUGACAGUGGUGUUCUGGUGCCUUGGAGUGUAAGCAAGAAACAAGUAACUGACAGCUGGCAGUGGUGUUUUGGUGUCAUGAUGAAUGGGAGCAGACAAGUAGCCGACCGUUUGCAGUGGUGUUUUGGUGUCAUGAAGAGUAGGCACCUGGAAAGUAGUUGAUUUGCAGGCACUGAUGUUAGCAAGAUAUGAAAGACAGUCAUUAGACAUCUUAUAUAACAAAUCUUUAAGAGCGAAAUUGUCUUUUUGUAACACAUACUCACUGUCUUAUUCUUUCUCUUUCCUUUUUUUUUAAAUUCUUUAUAUUCACCCCCACCCCUCUCACGUUCUGCCUAGUUCCCUUUCUGGAUUUUUACUUCACCACUAAACUUUCUAUUUUUUAUCUCAGUAAUUUCUUUUACACUCUCUCUCUCUCCUUCUCUCUGUCUCCCCCCCCCUUUUUUUUUCUCUCUCUCUCCUUCUCUCUGUCUCCCCCCCCUUUUUUUUUCUCUCUCUCUCCUUCUCUCUGUCUCCCCCCUCUUUCUCUCUCUCUCAUUCUCUCUGUCUCCCCCCCUUUCUCUUUCUCUCCACAUUUUCUACCUUUUUGCCUAUAUUCAUAUUCUUUUACUAUUUCGUUUUUACUCUCUCUUUCUCCUCUUGUUCGCUUUUACUUUCUCCUUCCUUUCCUCCCUCUCACUUAUUCACUAUUCAUGCUCAUCCGAUUUCUCUUUCUCUCUCUCUCUCUCCCACACACACACAUGCGCACACACCAUUUCUUUACUUCUCCCCUUUCCUCCUGACCCAGCCAAUAACAAAAUGUCCAAAAUGCUAUGAUAUAUACAGCUAUACAUUUAUGGAAAAAAAGAAAAGAGAACAUUUUGAUCAUCUGCCAUAUUUAUUUUUUUUACUUGUAAAUUAAAGAUUCUUUUUUCCUUCUUGUUAUAUUUUAAAAAAAUUUUCUUUCUUUUUUUAAAAUAAAUUCAAAUUACACAACCAGAAA